AAUGCUAACUUUUGAGAAACGUAAACACAGUCGUUUCAAUACAGAAGUAGCCAAAGCUAUUGAGACUGGGGUUCUAAGCCAUUUGGAAACCGGAAAAGAUGAAGAAAUAGUGAGAUCCAAAUCCAUCUGUGAGAAGACCGACACUGGAGAAGUUUUCAGCUGUGAAAGAGAAACCUGUCGACCUGCUGCACUACAGAGGAGGAACCUACAGCAUCGUAAAUAUAACGUAACGGAGUGCAGCUGGAGACAAACCAUCUUUUGAAUCUGACAGAGCUGUCACCAGCAUGGUUCAAACAAAUAGGAACAAAUUGGAACCAUGGAUAGAAAAAAUGAUCCUCAGCCAUGGCAGUGAACAAAUUAGCAGCACUGUGUGGUUGAAGGCUCAUGUUAUUGGGGUGGGUCAGAUGUCUCAGUCCCAGGCCCAGGGAUCUGACGGCCCCACAGGCCUGCUCUUUCUGUCUGAUGGGAAGGUCCAGAUCCCUGCUGUUCUGACCAAAUCCGCCUGGGAGCAUCUUCAGGAGCAAGAAGACCGCGAGUGUUUCUCCAGCUUGGUGAACACCACGGUGUGUCUUCAGGCCUAUCGCAUGCAGUUUCACAUGGCCCUUGAAGAGACCAGGUGCAGGUUUUUCCUGUCGAUCGAUAAGCUGGCCACGGCAGCAACUGGGCCGGAGAAAGACAACACCCCUUGCUGCACUACCCUUCCCUCUGUCAGGUAUAAGAUCUGUAAAACCUGGGAGUCCCUGCUGAGUCACGAUCUGCUCGAUUCUCAGAAGAGCCAGUGUGAGUUUGACCUGUCAGACCUGCUGGGGGAGUGGCAGCACAACUGCGUGCAGGAUGUGCUGCAGGACAUUCGAGAGAGGCUGAGACCAGAGUGGAGGAGCUCCCCACAACCCUCAACCUCUUCUUGCAUCCCGUCCCUAGUCCAAACUGACACUUGCACUGCCACUGCCACAAGUUGGGAUGCUGACAGGGUCAAAUAUAAAGGGGAAGAGCAUUUCAGCGUCCCUGUAACCUGGCUUCUCAUCCCGGACGAAGAGGCUCAAGAGCCACAAAAGCCAUUCAGUGAAGGGAGUAAGACACCAGGCAGACUUUUUGUUGACUCUGAAGACAAAAAGACUGGUUCCUCACUCGCCUGCAAACACACAGAGACUGUCGAUCCAUGUGUUGAUGAUUUUGAAUCGCGGACAGCCAGGCCAGCAGCUUUCAAGGAAAUUCCUCACAGCACUAAGAACACACCACUUCAUGAGGACAGCAUACUAAGAGAGGACAUUGUUAUUGACUGUGAUGUCAGGAUCUUAUCCAAUCCUUGGGACAUUUUUCCUCCACCAUGUGACGCACUCAACUCCUCCUCAUCCUGUAGUGAAUCCAUAACCUCAGAAGUCAUGCCACUCAAGUCUUUGCCUGAUUCAACUGCUACUAAGUCCAAACCUGAGAGUGCUGUCAUGGUAACCAGCACACAACGUCCCAUCUCUGGCUCAGGGAGUCCCCAGAUGUCAGAGCAAAACAAGGCCGAGCAAAGCCUCCUUCCACCGUACCAGAAGCCACAGUCUUCGUCCAGCUUUGCCACCAUCUCCGGUUCUUCAUCUUCAUCAGCCUCUGUGAGUCUACUGGAACCGAUCAUAAUACCUUUGAAUCCAUCAGGUGGCGUUGAAAUCCGUCACUUCCACACCACACAACAGUCGUCACGCCAGGAAGAACCUGUUGUGCAAAAGGACGUGGGGAUGGAGAAGGACGCUCAGAGGAUAGGUAGGAAGGUGAAGGCAAAGAGGAAGAGAAAUGAGCCCAUGCAGGAUGCAUUGACUGUCUUGGAGGAGGAAGGCACGGAGGAAGAGGAUGCUCGGGUAGCCCAGAGCCCUCCAUCAUGGUUAUUUGAAACACAGGCACUUUCUAAGGCUCACGCUCCUGGCAGCUCCAGCCAAGGCAAAGCGGCAAGGACUGUCUUAAGAAAGAUCCCCACUGUUCAUAGUGAUGGCACCCAAUUCUCUUAUUCCUACCAAGUUUCUGGUCAAAGUCUGCAGGACAUGAGCAAAUUUGAGGUUACCGAUGGCUUGCUCCACUGGGCAGUGAAGUACCUUCUUGCUCCAAAACAGACUGACAGGCCACACAAGAUUGUCUCUUAAAAAAUAGAUUGGGACCCUCUUGCAGGUUUAUUGUUGAUGGUUCCUCAUGUUACAAGCAGAGUACAACUGUGUUUAAAGAAGGCUGUUUCCCAGGGCGAGACAGUACGUUUCAUUGGGUCACAACCUGAAAAAGUUACGGAACCCUUGUGUGACAUGUUCUCAGCAAGACAGGAGUCACUUCCCUUUAAAUACCUUUGGUUCAAAAUGUCAACAGACACAAAGUUCAACUGUUAAUGUCAGUCUAUUUGUUUUACUUUUCAAUAUGUUGGGAAUACAAUCCCACUGUUCUUGUGAAGAGAUUUUAGAGUGUGGCUUCUUGAAGGAAAUCAGUUUCUUGCACUGAAAAGCAAACCACCUGUUAUUUAGAAUGUACAGAUGUGAGACAGUGUUUUCCCCAUGCAAUUUUUCUGUUUGCAAUGUCAUGUCUUAAACACUGAAUAAAAUGCCUUUUUGAUUU